AGUACGGGAAAAAUAGCCGAUGACGACAGCUUGUAUUCGAUGGAUACAAUUAUUACGUCCCUUUGUAAACAAGAAAAUAUUGCGCGCAUUUGGGAAAUUUCUACUUUCUUAUUUUAAUCGUCCUAAAAGGAGACUAAAAAGGAAAAAAAUGUCGUCUACAUCCCAAAAACACAAGAACUUUGUAAUGGAGCCUAUGGGUGAUAAGGCUGUCACAGAACUGGCUGGGAUGGGCCCCGUGCUGGGAGGAAAACUAGAGGAGGCAGGCUUCGACAAGGCUUACGUUGUAUUGGGCCAGUACCUUGUUUUACGCAAAGAUGAAGAGCUGUUUAAAGAGUGGCUGAAAGACAUAACAGGGGCAAACAAGAAACAGCAGAAUGACUGCUAUACCUGCCUUAAAGAGUGGUGCGAUAUGUUCUUGUAACACUGUUCAGUUUUACGUCCAUGUGCGUUUCUGGUGAUGUGGAAAUAUAUUUUAAUUUAUUAAAAGGGAUGAAUUAUGUAUAAGGUGAAAUGUAUAGUUGACAACAGACUAACAGCGCAAGGUUUAACUGUAAACACAUUGACUUGUUAACUUUGUCUAAUUAUUCAAUUUCAUGAUAAUAACCUUAGUGUGGUCAGAUCAGUAUCACUGGCUUGUCAGGCUGUAGUGACAGUGUAGUAUUGACUCUUCUAUAUUCUUUCUAUAUACAUUUAUAUGUAGUUCCUUUAUGGUAACAUAUCUUAUGGCUGAGAGUUGUUCAGUUCAGCUUGCCAGAGAAGUUAAAAAGAUGAUUAUCAAGCUGCAAUAGUUAUUUUUGUUUAGUGACCAUUUGUGACAAUUUGUUGUACCCUUUGCUUUACCAAAUGCCGUAGAAUUAACACAUAAGGUAUACAUUCUGAGGUUGUACCUUGUAUAACUUUGUCUAGUCGAGUGAUAUUGGACGAGGUUAAAACAAAUUUGACUGGAUAAUUUCCAAAUUUUUCAAAUGUUCCAGUUUUUAGAAAGAUUGGUUUUAAAGUUGAUUUAAGACUGGAGAUGUUUUGUUCAAAUAUUUUCAUGUCGAAUGUUUAGGUAUAAAGAAAAAGAAAGCCAUGUUAAUAAAUUAUCAGUUUCAACAGUUUGCAAUGUAAUUGAUUAGAGUGAUUGUAUUGACUUUCAUUCAAAUUGUUCCUGUUAUCAUUUAUAAAGUACAUGUAUCGAAAUAAAUUUAAAUCUCAUUCUGAUAAUGUUGAGCAUUGUACUAAUGCAUUAAUGUUUGCUUAUAGUUUGUGAUGUAGAAAAAUGAGGUAAUACUUUUUUCUGUGUUUACUGUAUGCUGAUAAUCAAGGGAUGUGAUUUAUCUGCAGAUCUGAUGGCGAUGGCUUCUGGAACCAAAAAUAAUAAUAAUAAAAACAAACUAAAAAGUGAUUUAAAAAUGUCAAGUGGUUGUUCUUGAUCUGUUACCAUACUGGUAUUGACACUCCAGUUUGCUUCAACUUUGAAGCUCAAAAAGCCCUCUUAUGGGCCUCUUAAUUUGGUUGACCUCAAACGGGGUCUUAUACGGCCCCCAAACCCCUCGCCAAAAUGGUUUUAGCCGUUUAUCUGUCAGGUGAAUCACAUCCCUUUUAAUUGGGCCUAAUUGGUUUGGUUAGGGUUACAUCCUUUUCAAAAAUAGGUAGGGUAGGUAGGCUUUUGUAUUAGGCUUUAUAUAAGAAUGCUGUUUUCAUCUUUGGAGAAUGGUGUUAAAGCAAUAUUCUGUAUAAAGCAUUCAAGGUUUAAACUACAUAAUGAAAAGCACUUUAGUUUUAGUUUCAUUUUAUUUAACUGACUAUAAAAACAGUCUAGUCGGUGCCUAUUUAGUAGGUAGGGUUGGGUAACCCGAACCAGAUGUAUUUUUCUUUUAGGCCUUGCUGCUGAAAAUAUAAAGCUUUAGUGUGCUUAUACUUAUUGAUAAGAAAAAACCUAAAAAAAUGUCAUUCAAGUUCUAACCACAUUUGUGUCAUAAUCGGGGCUCGAAUUAAAAAAGUACUGUCAAAAUUUUUAUACUUGCUGACGGGAAAAAAAAGAAGACUACCAGGUAAGAAAAACUUAAAAACAGGAAUUAAAAGGUUUUUUCAUGCAUACAUUGUGUGUUUGUGUCAGUGCUAAUUUCGAGCCCUGAAAAUGCAGUAUGUGGCAUUGUCAUUAAUAAAUCAACUUGUACUUUAUGGAGUUAUGAUUUUCAUGGAGUUGUUUCAACAAAUAAUAUGUUUUUAUUUUGUCAAGUGUUUUAAGCCAUAAAUUUUAAAAUCUA